AUGAGCGGCCCAGGCAAAGAUGAAGCCGCCACUCUUGUCGAGAAGCCAACUGCUGUGGAUGGCCUGCACUACGUGAACUAUGGCGACCAGAGAGAAUCACCCUACCUCUCCGCCAUCCGGCAACUGAUCUCGCAAGACCUUUCUGAGCCCUACAGCAUCUAUGUCUACCGCUACUUCCUGUACCAAUGGCCAGACUUGUGCUUCAUGGCUCUGGACAAGGAUGAAAACCUCAUAGGCGUAAUCGUCUGCAAACUCGAGCCUCACCGAGGCGGCCCCAUGCGUGGCUACAUAGCCAUGCUGGCCACUCGCCAACAACACCGCGGUCAAGGCAUCGCCUCUGCACUCGUCCGAAUGGCCGUUGAGAAAAUGAUCGCCAAAGACGCCGACGAGAUUGCUCUCGAGACGGAAGUUGACAACGAGCCUUCUCUUCGAAUCUACGCGCACUUGGGUUUCAUUCGGACGAAGCGGCUGCAUCGGUAUUACUUGAACGGCAAUACGGCGUUUCGACUGAUUCUGUAUUUGAAGCCUGGCAUCCCCUAUAAGCAUACUUAUCCGCCUGAGUACGGAGGGCCAAGCGAUGGAGGUGGAUUGAUGGAUGAGGAUUUGGUUGCGAGGCAGGCGGCGCAGUUGCAGUUGGAAGAUGUUGAGGGCGAGACGCAUGAUGUUACGGGUGGGAAUACCUAUAGAUAG